GGGUCCCCGGCCGUCGCGGGGCGCAGCCAGCCAAACACACGGACGGGCUGGAUCAGGCGGCAUCCCCUCCCCCCGCCCCCGAGAUGAGUUUCAUAGUCGUCAGCCCCUGGGGCAGCACCAAGCCCAUCCUGGCUCCCAGCCCCGCCCAGCAGGGGCAGCCGGAGGGGUCCCCAGGGGGGGCGCCCGGAGCCUCGGAGGGGGGAUCCCGCUGCGACUGGUGCCAGCUGCAGCUCUCGGAGCAGGGGCACAGGAUGGGCUGCGGGCACCACUGCUGCAAAGAGUGCGAGCAGGGCUCGAGCCGAGCCGGGGGCCGGGCCUGUCUUCAGUGUCUGGAGGACCAGGGAAAGCAGCUGCUCAACGACUUGGACCGGGUGCACCAUGGGAAGGUGGAAGAUGCAGAGUCCCUGCUGGCCCCAUCCCACCAGCGCCUCCUGCUGGAGGCGGUGCAGGGGGCACAGGAGGCCCGGGGGCGGCUGGACCAGCGGCUGAGCGAGGUAGAGGCCCAGCAGAAGACCUUGCAGAACAUCGUAACGGUGCUGAGCCGGGAGAUGGGCCGGCGCGACGGGGCCAGGGGCUCGGCCGACAGGGGCUCGGCCAAUGUCCUGGGGGAAGCCAUGGCCCGCAUCCUGUACCUGGAGGAGAAGGUGGCCCAGCAGGAUUCACUCCUGGCCAUCAAGGACGUGAUGAUCAGCAGCCUGGGGGCCCAGGUCCAGGCCCUGGAGCAGACCUCCUAUGAUGGGCACUUUCUCUGGAGGGUCCCUGAUGUGGGGCGAAAGUUGCAGCAAGCCCUGUCCAGCCAGAUACCUGCCGUCUACUCUCCCCCCUUUUACACCAGCCGCUAUGGCUACAAACUCUGCCUCAAGGUUUACCUCAACGGGGACGGCACCGGGGCCGGGACGCACAUCUCCCUCUUCUUGGUGCUGAUGAGGGGCGAAUAUGAUUUCCGGCUCAAAUGGCCUUUCCGUCACAAGGUCACCUUCACGCUCCUGGAUCAAGCCGGCGAGCGUCACGUCUCGAGCUCUUUCCAGACGGCAGACGCUUCCUCUUCCUUCCAGCGGCCCGUGAGCAAGUGCAACAUAGCCAGCGGCCUCCCCGAAUUCUUCCCCCUGUGCCGGCUCCACGCCCCAGAAGCCACCUACAUCCACGAGGACACCUUAGCCUUCGAGGCCCUGAUCAACACCAGCCUCUAGGGUGGGGCAGUUCGCCCUGCGGCCCACGGGACUGGGGUUUGGGCCUCACUCGGGCCUAGAGCCAUAGCCGACAGCUUAGACUCCGGGGUUGGCAUCUUCCAAGAUGUCCGCCCGCACCGCCUCUCCCCCGCCACGCCUUCGCCCAAGAUGGCCCCCCCACAACACAUGUCCCCCCGCCACGCCUUCGCCCAAGAGGGCCCCCAACACCACGCUUCCCCUCCGAUGGCUUCACCUAAGAAGCUGGCCACGAAAAAUGGAGGUUGACCCUGCUUGGUAACUGUUGUGGAAGAGGGUUUCAAGACAAGACGACCCUGAAGUCUCUUCCGCGAUGGCCGCCCACGAAUGGGUUCUGCCUCUUCUGAAAGCUUAGUCCGAGACGCUGGCCACGAAUAAUGGAGGGUGAGCCCUCGGGGCAGCCAUCGUGGAAGAGACGAAGGUGGAGGGAGACCCUUAAGUGUCAUCCAAGAUGGCCGAACUUGAAAGAUGGAGGGGGGCUGUUCUGACAGCAGAGGGAGAUGGAGGAUGACCCAGUGGCCCCCACUUAAGGUCUCCCUCACACAGAGAGGGUCAGCUAUGGGGUGAUCCCCCCACAGACCCCCAUAAACACAAAGCCCCCCAACAGUAUGGAGCUCAUCUUCAGUGCCCGCAAGUACCUCCAGCAGGGAGACAAUUCCCCCCACACCUCCGAGACCAGCUGCACAGCUGUUCCUGGGGAGCUUGUUCACCAGCUCUUAUUUUUGUAGACCCUACAAAAAGUCAUAUUGAACGCGACUGCAGCAGCAACAUGCCACGCAGCUCUGGACUUUUUGGGAGUCCAAUUAUCCCGCUGGGACCGGGGACAGAAUGACGAGAAACGGGGCGUUUUUGUAUUAAAUACGCCAAAGCGGACUGGAAUAUUUAAGAAGGAAAAUAUUUUAACUGAAUUAAACUCUUAUUUAUUUGGAUGA